AUGGCGGAGAAUAGUUCGCGUCCAGAAAGCGAACGGCGUUCCACACGUAUUCGCCAAAGCCAUCAACCGGUUCAUCAUUCAACUGGCUCAAAUGUAGAUAACCCAAUGUCUUCUUCAUUGCCUGGUGAUCUAAGUACUUCUGUCCCAAUUAAAUGUCCCAAAGAAAUCGGAGGACGAAAUAAUCCUCAUCCACCCACCCUCAUACCUCCUAUGCCGACAACUUCAUAUUCCUCAUCAGAGGACGGCCAACCAUUUUCCAAUGGAGAUGACGAUGACGAUGAAUUUUUCGAUACUCACGAAGAUGUAGCAGCUUUGGGUUCUGCAAUCGGAUCUGAGCAGUCGCCUAGUUACGGUCGGUAUCGAUCAGUCCAGGCAUCUUCUAACAACCAACAAGCACUUGUUGAGAAUGGUGUAUUUGACGAACUGUACGACGAUGAUGACGAAGAAGAUCUCGGUUCUGUUCAGUCCCAGGGGUCCAUUAUCACGCACCUUCUAUCCCAGCUUCGCAUCGGGAUGGACCUAACUCGAAUUACAUUACCCACCUUCAUCCUUGAACGACGAUCCACACUGGAGAUGUAUGCAGAUUUCCUUGCUCAUCCUGACUUUUGGGCUCGCAUUCCUGACGCAUCCACUCCUAAAGAUCGAAUGGUGGGCUGCUUGCGUUGGUACUUAUCCGCUUUCCAUGCUGGAAGAGGUUCGUCCUUGGCUAAGAAACCGUAUAAUCCCAUCUUGGGUGAAAUUUUCCGAUGCUAUUGGAACCUGAAUGACUCUGAAGAUACGAAAAUGGACAGUGGGGCGGAUGUUGGAAGCCAGACUGCUACCGAUGCAUCUACGCUGACAGGUGUGCGUCAGACGGGACCUGUCCCUUGGGCCCCAAAAAACUCUGUGGUGUUCUUGGCGGAGCAAGUAUCUCACCAUCCUCCCAUAUCGGCUUUCUAUGCGGAAAAUGUAGACCGGCGCAUUGCACUUGACGGGCACCUGUGGACAAAGUCGAAAUUCCUCGGUUUGAGUAUCGCGGUCGAAAUGGUCGGAUCGGCCGUGAUGUCUUUGUUGGAUUUGGACGAGGAAUAUGUGAUAACUUUUCCAUGUGGUUAUGGUCGGUAUGUAACCGGUUACAAUUAA